AACUACUCUGCUGGAGUUCAGGAGGAGGCAUCGGAGUGGCAUGAUGUGCUCACGCUGCCCAUACAUGAGGGAAAAGUGACAACAAAUAAAGUAGUUGGAUGCCAAGGAUUUUGGGGCAUUGAGGCUGAGGUUGGCAUGAGCCGCAAGACGUUCAUGUGGUUCCACCAUGCCGUCCAACUGUUCCCCAACGCUAGUUAUCUGACAAAGGGCGACGACGAUAUGUUUUUGCGUGUGCCGCAGUACCUUGCUGACCUGCGCACCCUGCCCCGCCGUGGGCUGUAUUGGGGGCUGAUGAACAUUGCUCGUAUUAAUGAGGGCAGUGAGAAUGGUACGCGUAUGUAUCUUUAUGCUGCUGGAUUUAUUGCGACUCUUGCGAGGGAUGCUGUGGAACAGGUUGUUUCAUACGAACCACUAAAGCGUCUUGUGUUUUAUCCUAAGAAUGCCACCAGAAGAUCGGACUUUUAUUCUGUGGGUAUGGAUCACGAAGAUAUGAUGGUGGGACGUGCACUGUAUGAGAAGAAUUAUUUAGGUAUAGUAUAUGCCCGAGAAAAGCCUUGUCAUUUCCAUGAUGUUCAUGUGGGUUUUUGUGUUCGUCCAGUGACGUCUCGGUCUGUGGCGAUUCAUCACGUGAGGGAGAGUAAUUAUGCUACUCUGAUGGCGCGGUUUGGAAACGAUACAUCUCCCUCCCCUCGCAACUUCACACGUAUCAACCGGUAUGUAAUUGACUUUACUUGUGAGAAGAAAAACAUAAGCUUAAGGGUUUAG